CUUGGCUGGGGGUGUGGGGGGGCACGCGGGGGGCCGAGGAGGACUGCCAAGGAAGAGGAGUGAUGAGAAGAGGGGGAACCCUGCACCCCCCGAGACCACGGGCCCCUGCUGCCACUCACCAGGCGCCCCCCUUCCUCCCAAGCGAGGGGCAGGUGUUCCAUACAGAUUCUCGUGACUUUAAGGACCAGGCAACUGGGGAGACACAAAGUCUUCCCAGGAAGGGAGGAAAUCUCUGGAAGAGAGGGGAAAGACAGCAGACACUGCCCUGGGACCACCGGAGCCUGAGGUGCUGUGGGAAGCCGAAGGCACCGAGCAGGAGGAGCAGGAAGGAGUCCCAGCCCCAGGUGGAGGCUGUGUUCUGAAAGAUCUGAACUUGGUCUACUUUUUACGAGAGAGGGGCUGCCUCCGGAGGCACUGCAGCCUUGGGCUGGGUCCUUCUCUGGAUGCCCCCUUCCCUGAGGAGCUUGCCGCUGAGAACCAAAGAAGAUAAGAGGUCAGACAGACUUCCCCCAGGCAAGAGGCCCGUUGGCUGGAGGCAGGCAUCUGCACCCCUAGUGGUGGGCUGCUGAACCUGGUGAGGAGUUUCUUGCUCCCCUCCAGAACCCGGCUCCAGUGCUUCAUGGGGCUGCCUGUUGGUGGAUCAGUUUUUGCAGUGCCUGGUAGCAGCAGAGAGCCGUGGGAAGAGGACCCGCGGCACCCAAGCCUGGGUUCCCCCCAAGACUAAGAUCUUUCCUGAGUUAGGGAGAGAAAAGCAGGAAAAAAAAAAAAAAGAAAGUUCCCCCCUCCUCUCCUCCCUGCCCGUCAUGUCCUCUAAGCCGGAGCCGAAGGACGUCCACCAACUGAAUGGGACUGGCCCCACUCCCUCUCCCUGCUCUUCAGAUGGCCCCGGGCGAGAUCCCUUGGCCGGGACCUCAGAGUUCCUGGGGCCUGAUGGGGCUGGGGUGGAGGUGGUGGUGAUUGAGUCUCGUGCCAAUGCCAAGGGGAUUCGGGAAGAGGACGCCCUGUUGGAGAACGGCAGCCAAAGCAAUGAAAGUGACGACGUCAGCACGGACCGCGGCCCUGCACCACCCUCCCCACUCAAGGAGACCUCCUUUUCCAUCGGGCUGCAAGUGCUGUUCCCCUUCCUCCUGGCAGGCUUCGGGACUGUGGCUGCUGGCAUGGUGCUGGACAUUGUGCAGCACUGGGAGGUCUUCCAGAAGGUGACCGAGGUCUUCAUCCUGGUGCCUGCACUGCUGGGGCUCAAGGGGAACCUGGAAAUGACCCUGGCAUCGAGGCUGUCCACUGCAGCCAACAUUGGACAAAUGGACACACCUAAGGAGCUCUGGAGGAUGAUCACUGGAAACAUGGCCCUCAUCCAGGUGCAGGCCACGGUGGUGGGCUUCCUGGCAUCCAUCGCAGCCGUUGUGUUUGGCUGGAUCCCUGAUGGCCACUUCAGCAUCCCACAUGCCUUCCUGUUGUGUGCCAGCAGUGUAGCCACAGCCUUCAUUGCCUCUCUGGUGCUGGGUAUGAUCAUGAUUGGAGUCAUCAUUGGCUCUCGCAAGAUUGGGAUCAACCCAGACAACGUGGCCACACCCAUUGCUGCCAGCCUGGGCGAUCUCAUCACCUUGGCACUGCUCUCAGGCAUCAGCUGGGGACUCUACCUGGAACUGAGUGAGGCUGAGGCCACCGAGAGUGGCUCAGAUCACUGGAGAUACAUCUACCCCCUGGUGUGUGCCUUCUUCGUGGCCCUGUUGCCUGUCUGGGUGGUGCUGGCCCGACGGAGCCCAGCUACAAGAGAGGUGUUGUACUCAGGCUGGGAGCCUGUCAUCAUUGCCAUGGCCAUCAGCAGUGUGGGAGGCCUCAUCUUGGACAAGACCGUCUCAGACCCCAACUUUGCAGGGAUGGCUGUCUUCACACCUGUAAUCAAUGGUGUUGGGGGCAAUCUGGUGGCAGUGCAGGCCAGCCGCAUCUCCACCUUCCUCCACAUGAAUGGGAUGCCAGGGGAGAACUCUGAGCAAGCUCCUCGCCGCUGCCCCAGCCCUUGUACCACCUUCUUCAGUCCUGAUGUGAAUUCCCGCUCAGCCCGGGUCCUCUUCCUCCUUGUGGUCCCAGGACACCUGGUGUUCCUCUAUACUAUCAGCUGUAUGCAGGGCGGGCACACCACCCUCACACUCAUCUUCAUCAUCUUCUACAUGACAGCUGCACUGCUCCAGGUGCUGAUUCUCCUGUACAUCGCAGACUGGAUGGUGCACUGGAUGUGGGGCCGGGGCCUGGACCCAGACAAUUUCUCCAUACCGUACUUGACUGCUCUGGGGGACCUGCUUGGCACUGGGCUCCUGGCACUCAGCUUCCAUGUCCUCUGGCUCAUUGGGGACCGAGACACAGAUGUUGGGGACUAACUUGGCCACUCAGCCUUUUCCCUCUGCACUUCCUGUUUGAAUUUUUUCUUUUGUUUUUCUCUCCCCACCCACCCCCCACUCUCACCUCUUUCUAGGACUUCACUUUGAUACCAAAUUCUCAUUAUUUUCAAUGGGAAUUUUUAUACAUUGAGCCAAGUUUGGGUAGGAAGAAUUCAGGAAGGACAGAUGGACUGAGAUAAGCAGUACAAGUAGAUUUUUGAGACAAUCACCAAGUGCAAUUUCAUGGUGGGUGCCUCCAGGUGAGGUGGAUUGGGGCAGGGGGUUUCUGUCUGGAAUCUGGGGGUAUAUGGCUUAGCUUUAGCAACCUCAGUUGUGGCCCUAAUGAGAAAACCUUUGUGAGUGGGUUCUGGUUUUCCGGUUAUGUUAUUUUCUUUCUUUCUUUCUUUCUUUCUUUCUUUCUUUCUUUCUUUCUUUCUUUCUUUCUUUCGUUGAACAGAGGGAUAGAACACACACACACACACACACACACAGAAAUGGACCAACGUCAAAGCACUGGGCAGGAGACAACUGCUUCAGGCCCCCUGUGAUCCCAGCCCUACUCUCUGCCCUCUGGACCUAGGCUCUCCUGCUCUCAGAGAGAGGAAGGUGGACUGACUGUUCAAUUUGUGCACGUGCCUAUUGCCUGACUGCCUGGUCAACAUCACCAACACUCCUUCUAAUUGUUUUCCAGAUGAAUGUCAUCCAGGAAGUAAUAAGCAGUAGCCUGGUCUCCCUGUGGAUCUAUGUCUACCCAUAGGUUUCCCAAGAUCCACAUCCUCCCUGGGCCUGGAGGUCUGAGUCUUCAUCUCUGUUCAGCCCUCCUCUCUAAUUAUAUCUAAGCACUACCUUCCCCAGAGCUUGCCAAGCGGAGUUCCAAGAAUAGGGACAGAGCAAGGAUAUGUGGAGAAUGACUGGGAGGUUGAGGGAAACCAAGGGUGUUUGGUUGCUGCUGUUUCCCCUGAGAACAUAAUCAUGUGGUCACCUUGGCCUCUAUUACUUCCUAAAAAUCUCUCAUGCUUUCAUGGUCAUGAAGGUCAGUCUCUCUUGGUUCCUGCCCACAAUCAUUCAUUCACUCAUUCAACAAAUUCCCAGCCUCCCCAUGAUGAGCUGUUCAGAAAGUAUGGUCUGAAACAUGUACUAAGCAGUAUUUAUUGGGUGCCUACUAUGUGUUAGGUACUGUGCCAGGCACUGACUAGCCAGUGGUAAGGGAAUCACAGCUCUCACCUCACCUCCUUCCCCAGCUUACAUAGGUCACCUGUCCCUUUCAAUAAGGCAGACAGAUUUCCUCAUUGUAGGCAUUUGCUUCUCCUUCACCACACCAGGCCUUGCCUUGUUCUUCCUAGACUCCAACACUGCAGUGCUGAUCAGACCUCAAGCCACCAGUUCCAUUACUUAACCAGUGUUUGUAUCUCUAAACUACCAUCCUUCACUCUCCCUUCUUGUCCCUCUCCUCCCUAAUCAUCCCAAAGAGGAUUUAGAACUAGCAGUACAGACACCAAUUGGCUUCUUCUGCUUCUCAGCCUAGCAAAAAAAAAAAAAAAAACUUGAGAGAAAUCCAGAGCCUCUGCCUCUUUCCAGCACAUAGCUCCAAACAGCUCAGACAGCUGUCCACACUCACAUGUGCCAAUCUGGGCAUGAGGAUGCAGACUUCUUCUGGCCUGUCAGGCUUUUUCCCCGUAAACCCUCUCCUCUGUAACCUAAAGGGCCACCUCCAAGGGAAGAAGGCUAGGCAGUAGGCCUGCUUCUACCAGCACCAGGCCUUACCCUGGGAAAUUGCCCCAGACCUCUAGAGACUGUUCUUUCUCUCCCAUUUCCUCCCAGGCCACCUUCUGGAAUCCUAGAUCCUUAGAACUGGAAGGAAUCAUAGAGGUUAUCUAGUUGGAGUUGUGUCCAACAGAGUUCAUUAACACCAGCCUGGGCCUGUUUCUGCUCUUCCCUCUGACCUCCUUUCAUCUUUUCUUCCACCUCAGUACACACUUGCACACAGACUCUUGUACAGGCACCAAACCCUGAGGCUGUACCCCUGUGAUUUUCAGUCACCCCUGCUCCAGCCUCUCAUACCUUCCUCAUCUCUGGAGCUCAGCCAGGCUGUCCCUGGAGAAUCAGUCCUCCUUUGCCCAGAAAGCAGAAAGCAGGUACACCCCCUGCUCUGAGUGUGUGAGCAGAGGAGGACCAUGGGGCGAGAGAGAAGGAAAAUGAAGUUGACAUCAAUAGAUUUCAUUUCUCCCCCUCCCGCCACCUCCCAUUGUACCAACUGCAUGUACCCUUGGCCUGGCUGCAAGGAGCAAUAUUGGUUUACUCUUGUAUCCUUCAAAAGUUAAAGAACUGUCUUCAGAGAAUUAUUUAUAGUUACUAUAACUGAAUUGACAAAUGUCAACUUAACUGAUAAAUUAUAUUUGGUAAAAUAAAGAGGACGUUUAUUUAAA